AUGGCUUUGGGUCAAAUAGUUAAUCAAGCCAAGUCUACCAUCUUUGCAGGGUCCGUAUCAGAUGUUAGACUUCAUCGUGUUUCCAAUCUCACGAGUUUUAAAAUUGGUGCAGCUCAUUUCUCCUAUCUUGGUGUUCCUAUCUUUAAAGGAAGGAAAAAAUCUUGUUUCCUGAAACCUAUUGCUGAAAAGGUUUUGGCAAGGUUCAGUGCUUGGAAGGGUUCCCUGUUGUGUUUUAUUGGUAGGGUUCAGUUGGUGCAAUCUUCAAUUCAGUCAAUGGUGAUUCACAACUUCUCAGUGUACUCAUGGCUUAUUUCUCUACUUAAGUAUUUGGAAAAAGGCAUUAAGAAUUUCAUCUGUUAUCACAUUCAUUCUUCAAUCUGGUGCAACUUAAAGAAUGAGUUUGAGGUUGUUAUGGCUAACUCUUCCAGUCUGAUUGGCAAUGGUUCUUCUACGCGUUUCUUGUUGGACUCGUGGUGUGGUGCUCCGUUGAUUAAUCAUAUUCAGGAUUCAAUGCAAAUAUCACUCAAUACUAAGGUUGUUGAUUUCAUUGUGGAUGGAGCGUAG